AUGACAUCUCCAGUGUUUGUUCUCUAUCUCACAUGUCUGUUUGUGGGGAAAAUGGCUCAGGUGACUGAUCUGAAAUUAUCCUCAUCUGUUCAUCAAGACAGUGGUUUUAUAUCAGCUAAUGUUGGUGACAACAUAAUUCUGCAAUGUUCUGACAAACGUGAUGAUGCUGGGAAGCUUUACUGGUAUAAGCAAAGUCUGGGACAGAAACCGAGGCUCAUCUCCACUUUCUAUCAGUUUGAGAAAAAUGACACUUUUUAUAAAGAAUUCAAGAACAAUCUGCGCUUCACACUGGACACUGGACAUGGUAAAAAUCACUUGACGAUUAAAAAUGUGAACAUUUCAGACUCAGCUACUUACUACUGUGUUAGUUGUUAUUUUAACACCUUAAAAUAUUUGGAGGUCACUACUCUUGAUGUAAAGACUUCAGGUUUAAACAUCCAAGCUUUGGUGCAUCAGUCGGUAUCUGAGAGCAUCCAGCCAGGAGGUUCUGUGACUCUGAACUGUACAGUACACACUGGGACCUGUGAUGAUGGAGAACACAGUGUUUACUGGUUCAAAAACUCUGAAGAAUCUCAUCCAGGACUCAUUUACACACAUGGAGGCAGGAAUGAUCAGUGUAAGAGGAACACCAACACACAAACACAAACCUGUGUCUAUAAGUUGCCGAUGAAGAGUCUGAAUCUUUCUCAUGCUGGGACCUACUACUGUGCUGUCGCCUCAUGUGGACACAUACGGUUUGGAGACGGGACCAAGCUGGAUGUUGGUGAUGAGGUAGACUCUCUUGUCUUGGUGUAUUUCUUGAGUGGAGCUUUGGUGUUCACCACCAUCCUCAGUGUUUUACUGGCUUUCUCAAUGUACAAGAUGAACAAGAGCAACAGUGGCCGAUUUACAGAGUCUCAAGCGAGAAAUUCCACUCCCUCUACAGGUGCAAAGGGUUACAACGACACAGACAACCUGUAUCAUUGCGCUUCAAGUGAGAACCUGACCAACAGACGAAGACAGAAGGACCAAAUCUGGAGUGAAUGUGUGUACUACAGUGUAAAGCAGUAG